AUGGCGAACCUUACAUUUGCGCACUCUGAUGCGCCCCUCAAGACGGUGGAGGAGAUCCAGUUCGGUCUCCUCUCGCCCGAGGAGAUCAAGAACAUGAGCGUGGCUCACAUCAUGUACCCUGAAACCAUGGACGAGUCGCGUCAGAAACCCCGCGUCAAUGGUCUCAACGAUCCUCGUCUUGGCUCCGUCGACCGCCAAUUCAAGUGUGCAACCUGCCAGCAGAGCAUGAACGAGUGUCCAGGUCAUUUUGGUCACAUUGAGCUGGCGAAACCUGUCUACCAUCCUGGCUUCAUCAAGAAGAUCAAGAAGAUUCUCGAAUCCGUCUGUCACAAUUGCAGCAAGGUUUUGGAAGACAGAAGCAACCCAGACUUCCUGCAAGCGGUCAAUAUCCGCGACAAGAAGAGAAGAUUCCAGGAAGUAUGGGGUGUUUGCAAGGACAAGAACAUUUGCUCCAACGAGGUUCCCAAGGAUGAUGGCGAGUACGAGCCUGGAAAUAAGGCGCCCAAGAACAGCCACGGAGGCUGUGGCAACAAUCAGCCCAAGAUUCGCCAGACCGCAUUGCAGCUGUGGGCCCAGUUCGAGCAAAAGGACGAAGAGAACAACAAGGUUAAAGAUAAGCGACUGUUGACACCCGAGAUGGCUCUCAACAUCCUCAAGCGCAUCUCAGACGACGAUCUGAUCGACAUGGGACUCAAUACGGACUAUGCCCGGCCCGAGUGGAUGAUCAUCACAGUGCUUCCUGUGCCGCCUCCCCCGGUUCGUCCUAGUAUCUCCAUGGACGGCACGGGCACCGGCAUGCGAAAUGAAGAUGAUUUGACCUACAAGCUUGGUGACAUCAUCCGCGCCAAUGGCAACGUUCGACAGGCCAUCCAAGAGGGAUCGCCAGCCCACAUUGCUGCUGAAUUCGAGCAGCUGCUGCAGUAUCACGUGGCCACCUUGAUGGACAACGAUAUCGCUGGCCAGCCUCAAGCAUUGCAAAAGAGUGGCCGUCCUGUCAAGUCCAUCCGCGCUCGUCUCAAGGGAAAGGAAGGACGUCUACGUGGUAACUUGAUGGGUAAACGAGUCGAUUUCUCAGCGCGUACGGUUAUUACUGGAGAUGCCAAUCUGUCUCUCGACGAAGUCGGCGUUCCUAGAAGUAUCGCCAGAACUUUGACAUAUCCCGAGACCGUCACCAUGUAUAACCAGGAGCAGCUGACUGCUUGUGUUCGCAAUGGGCCCACCGAGCAUCCGGGUGCGAAGUACAUCAUCCGAUCCGAUGGGUCACGUGUAGACCUACGCCACCAUAAGAACAGAGCUGACAUCGUGCUGGAAUGGGGUUGGAAGGUGGAGAGACAUAUCCGUGAUGGUGACUACAUCAUCUUCAACCGACAACCGUCUCUGCACAAGGAGUCCAUGAUGGGACACAGAGUGAGAGUCAUGCCCUACUCGACCUUUCGGCUGAACCUUUCCGUCACGUCCCCCUACAACGCUGAUUUCGACGGUGAUGAGAUGAACUUGCACGUUCCUCAAACCGAAGAAACUCGUGCCGAGGUCAAGGAACUUUGCUUGGUGCCGAUCAAUAUUGUCUCCCCUCAGCGAAACGGACCCUUGAUGGGUAUCGUACAAGACACUCUGGCGGGUAUAUACAAGAUGUCCCGCCGUGACGUUUUCAUGACCAAGGAGAUGGUCAUGAACAUUAUGUUGUGGGUGCCAAACUGGGACGGCAUCAUUCCACAGCCCGCAAUCCUCAAGCCGAGACCUCGCUGGACUGGCAAGCAGAUCGUCAGCAUGGUCAUCCCAGCUGAAAUCAGUCUCUACAACAAGCCUGGCGGCGGCUCAGCCUGGAACCCGUUGGAUGAUGAAGGCAUCUGCAUUCAGUCUGGUGAACUUCUCUUUGGACUUCCUGCAAAGAAAAUCGUCGGUGCUGCUGCUGGCGGUGUUAUUCACCUAUGCUACAACGAGCUUGGUCCCGAGGGCGCGAUGGCUUUUCUUAAUGGGUGCCAACGUGUCGUCAACUACUGGCUUUUGCACUGGGGUCACAGCAUUGGUAUCGGUGAUACUAUCCCGGACAAGAGCACUAUUGAAAAGAUUCAGGCCCACAUUGACGCUCAAAAAGCAAUUGUCGCUGAGCUGACCCAGCAAGCCACGGACAACGAGCUCGAGGCGCUGCCAGGUAUGAACAUUCGUGAGACCUUUGAAAGUAAGGUCUCGGUUGCUUUGAACGCCGCCCGUGACAAGGCCGGUACCACAACUCAAAAGAGUUUGAAGGAUAUCAACAACGCCAAACUUAUGGCCGAUUCCGGUUCCAAGGGAUCUUCUAUCAACAUUUCCCAGAUGUCGGCUCUUGUCGGCCAGCAGAUUGUCGAAGGAAAGCGUAUUCCCUUUGGCUUCAAGUACCGUACUCUGCCACACUUUACGAAGGAUGACUAUUCGCCCGAGGCGCGUGGUUUCAUCGAGAACUCGUAUCUUCGAGGACUGACGCCUUCCGAGUUCUUCUUCCACGCCAUGGCUGGUCGUGAAGGUCUGAUCGAUACUGCUGUCAAGACAGCUGAAACUGGUUACAUUCAGCGACGUCUUGUCAAGGCUCUGGAAGAUGUCAGCGCAAGGUACGACGGCACUGUUCGUAACUCCCUGGGUGACAUUAUUCAGUUCAUCUAUGGUGAGGAUGGUGUGGACGCAAUGAUUGUAGAGAAGCAAUUCAUGGAUCACUGGGCACUUCGCACCGUUGAUUUUGAGCGGCGCUACCGCAUUGAUGUCAUGGAAGGCGGCAGCGCCAUUUCCGAGGCCAUCGAGAAUGCUGGCAACAUCAUGAUUGGUGAUGCCGAGGUCCAGGAAUUGCUCGAUGAAGAGUUUGAGAAAAUUUCUCAAGAUCGCGAUUUCCUGCGAGAGAUCAAACUGAAGUCUGAGAAAUUGGAAGAUGCUAUCCAGUUGCCUCUCAACAUUACUCGUUUGAUCGAGUCUACCAAGAAAUUCCUUCGCGUUGACGACUCGAAGCGCAGUAAUCUGGACCCCAGAGAAGUCAUUCCAGCGGUCAAGGGCCUGUUGGAAAGAAUGGUGGUUGUGAAAGGACAGGAUCCUAUUUCAAAGGAGGCUGACCACAGCUCAACCCUGUUCUUCAAGGCACUGCUGCGCUCUCGCCUUGCGUUCAAGCAACUGGCCAUGCAUCACCGCUUGACGAAGGCUGCCUUCAACCACAUUAUGGGUGAACUAGAGAGUCAGUGGUCACGCUCAUUGGUCCACCCCGGUGAGAUGGUUGGUGUUCUAGCUGCCCAGUCUAUCGGUGAGCCCGCUACGCAGAUGACACUGAAUACUUUCCAUUUCACUGGUGUGUCAUCUAAGAACGUUACACUUGGUGUGCCGCGUCUCAAGGAAAUUUUGAACGUUGCAAAGGACAUCAAGACACCUUCCAUGAUGGUGUACCUGAAGGAAGGUGGACAGAACCAAGAGGUUGCCAAGCGACUUCGAAGUACUGUGGAGCACACCAACUUGCGUGCUGUCACUGAAAAGAUUGAAAUUUACUAUGACCCAGACAUUCAGUCGACUAUCAUUCCUGACGAUGGGGACAUUGUAGAUUCUUACUUCAUGGUCUUUUCCGAGGGCCAGGAGGCUCUCUCUCUACAGUCACGUUGGCUCCUGCGUAUCACUCUCGAUCGGCAGAAGAUGCUGGACAAGAACUUGAUCGUUGAUGAUGUAGCCGCACGCUUGAAGGAGGACUAUCCCAAGGAUCUAGCCGUCAUCAGCAGUGACAACAACGCUGAUCAACAGGUCAUUCGUAUCAGAACCAUUAUGGACGCCAAGGGAGAAGAGGAGGAGGGUGAGCAAGACGUGAUGCUCAAGAAACUCGGUGAACACUUGCUGAACACACUCACUCUUCGUGGUGUCAAGGGCAUUGAGAAGGCCUUCCUUAACCAAGCUCCUCGGCCAGCCAUUGAUAACAAUGGUGCCCUCAUUCAGAAGAAGGGUGACCCUCUGUGCGAGGAGUGGUACCUGGACACACAAGGUACGGCACUAAGAGAAGUUCUGGCCGUUGAAGGUGUCGAUUCAACCCGCACCACCUCCAAUGACUUGUGGCAGACAGUUGAGGUCUUUGGCAUUGAAGCCGCUCGUGGCUCUCUGCUCAACGAAUUGCGACGUGUGCUUGCAUUCGAUGGUUCCUAUGUCAACGAACGUCAUCUUGCUUUGCUCGUGGAUGUGAUGACCUACCGUGGCAGCAUCGCAGCUGUUACUCGUCACGGUAUCAACAGAGCAGACACUGGUGCUUUGAUGAGAUGUUCCUUCGAAGAGACUGUUGAGAUUCUCCUAGAGGCCGCAGCAACAGGUGAGAUGGAUGACUGUCGCGGAAUUUCCGAAAACGUCUUGCUUGGUCAGCUGGCACCUGUCGGUACCGGACACUUUGACGUCAUGCUCGAUCCCAAGAUGCUCGACACUGUUAUCUCGGACAACUCCCGCAUGGGUCUCAUGCCGGGUAUGAUGGUCAAGGGAGGGCAAGUCGACGGUGCUGCAACGCCCUACGACAUGCGGUCGCCCAUUGCAGACUCCGGUCUUAUGGGCUUCACAGAUCCCUCUAUGGGUAUGGCUGGUUCGUUCUCGCCCAUCACUGGCUCAGACAGCCCUCGUGGCGCUGGUGGACUCUCCGAGUAUGGUGGUUUCGGAGGGGCCAGCCCGUAUGGAGGCCGCAGCCCCGGUGCUACGAGUCCGUUUGGCGCAUCUGCCACUUCUCCUUUCAGCUAUUCACCGACGUCUCCUGGGGCUGGCUACUCUCCGACUUCGCCCAUGAUGGGUGGCAGUCGCUUUGCAAGCUCUCCUCAGUUCAGCCCGUCGUCGCCAUCGUUCUCGCCGUCUUCGCCCGGCUUUUCUGGUACGAGCCCGACCAGCCCGAGUUACAGUCCCAGUUCGCCAAGUUACUCUCCGACGUCGCCGUCAUCUCCGCGACACUACUCACCCACGUCGCCUACAGCUGGCUCUCCCUCGUACUCACCUUCGAGUCCCAACUACAGCCCGACGUCUCCCAAUCUGGCUGCGUCGCCAUCUUACAGUCCGGCCUCUCCAAAUUACUCGCCCACUUCGCCUGCACACAACUACUCGCCCACGAGCCCGCAGUACAAUAGCCAAUCGCCUACCAGUCCUGGGUACUCCCCUUCGUCGCCCAAGUGGUCGCCAAAGACCCCGGCUCCCGGUGGCAGCACAAGCCCGAAGUUUUCUCCCACUUCUCCCAAGAAUGACUAG